AUGUCAGCUUUCAAAAACACAUUUUGCUUCAAAGACCUUUCCUUGAUAUUUAUUUUUAUCUCAAUUUUUUUCAUUACUCUCAAUUACCAUUCUUCCAUCCUCCACCAAUUAACCUCUUUCUCCUCCGCCUUCGCCACCGCCACCACCACUAUCACAAAUAUAUCUUCGACCACCACCACCGUCAACCACCUUGUGUUCUCAAUUGCUUCUUCCUCUAAAACCUUUUCGAAACGCAAAGAAUUCAUCCGUUUAUGGCACAAACCUAAUUUUACAAAAACUUACGUCUUUCUAGACCAUCCUUUGUCAGAAAAUUAUAAAUCUCCGAAAAAUUCUGAUCUACCAUCGAUUCUUAUUUAUGAAAACAUGUCUCGCUUCCCAUAUACACAUCGUGCGGGUGCACGUUAUGCCCUUGGCCUAACGUACAUGAUUAAACAAGUGGUCGCGCGUAACGAUUCUAACGUGCGAUGGUACAUUUUUGGAGACGAUGAUACGAUUUUUUUUGUGGAUAAUUUAGUGAAGAUGUUGGAAAAAUAUGAUCAUAAUGAAUGGUAUUAUAUAGGGUCUAAUUCAGAGAGUUACGUUCAAAAUAAUUAUUUUUCUUUUGAUAUGGCAUUUGGUGGUGGUGGAUAUGCAAUAAGUCGACCUUUGGCUAUGGUUUUAGCUAGGGUUUUGGAUUCUUGUUUGAUGAGAUAUCCAAGUCUCUAUGGAAGUGAUGCUAGGAUUUUCUCUUGUUUGGCUGAGCUUGGAGUGAGUUUAACACAUGAACCUGGUUUUCAUCAAGAUGAUUUAUGGGGAAAUUUAUUUGGAUUGCUUUCAUCACAUCCAUUAUCACCAUUACUAUCACUUCAUCAUAUAGAAGAUGUACAAUCAAUGUUCCCUAACAUGACCAAAAUUCAAGCUCUACAGCAUUUCUUCAAAGCUGCUAAUGUUGAUCCUGCAAGAAUAUCACAGCAAACUAUUUGUUACGAUCGAAAAAAUUCAUUAUCUAUCGCAGUGGCAUGGGGUUACGCGAUACAAGUAUACGAGGGCAACAUUAAAGUCCCUGAGCUUAUAACAGUUUUAAGAUCGUUUGAUUCGUGGGAUAAAGAUAAGAAAAAACCAUAUUUUAUGUUUAAGACAAAGGUGGAAUCUAGGGGACCUUGCAAGAAAAUGGUUGCAUUUUUGGAUAGUGUUGAUUCAAAUGGAGAUAAAGUUUGGAGUAAUUAUACAAGGCAUAGAGUUGUGGGAAAAACUUGCACAAAAGAUGGCAAUAAAGUAAUCAAGAAUUUGGAAGAGAUUAGAGUCCACUCUAGGAAGUUGGAUACUAAUACUAGACAGGUUAGGGCGCCACGUCGUCAGUGUUGUGACAUAUCAUUAUCGUCCAAGAAAUCUAUGGAUAUUCAAAUCAGACCAUGUGGGAUUGAUGAGUUAAUUACAAUGUCUCCCUAAAUUUUAUAAUUUGUUUAUAAACUCUUCUUUU